ACUGCAUUGCGUUCCAACCAUUUCCACUUUUGCUGCUAACGCCUGCAUGGCCCAAACGCUGACCAACACUGCGCGCGCGCAAAGACGGGACCGACGAUAAUAAGAUGUCGUCGACGCUCCAGGAGCGCGAGAUACACCGGUACUACCAGCCAUGGCUUGCGGCGCAUGGCUCGAGUCUGAAUGUCGCCAACCACGUCGAGUCCUUGGCCCAAUGGGACCUGCAGAAGCAAGGCUACCAGCCCAAGACCAGCCGGGAUAAGGCCAUCACCGCGUUCACCCAAAUUGUCGCUCUGCGCCUGAACGUAUCUCGCUGUAUGGUGUCGUUGAUAGACGCCAACAAUCAGUACGUUCUAGCAGAAGCCACAAAGGAUGUAGGAACCCCUGCGGAAGAGCUGUGGCUGGGCAGCGCGAUCCUAUCCCGCACGGAUGCUGUUUGCGAGCACACAUUCAUCAACACGUGCAGCGCGCCUGAGGAGGAUGGACGGUUAUACCAUACCAAAGGCAUGAUUGUAAAUGAUUUGCGUCUGGACGAGCGGUUCAAGGAUUUUCCUUAUGUGGUGAAAAAACCCGGCCUGCGAUUCUAUGCAGGAGUGCCCUUGUAUUCUCGCAACGGAUACAUGAUUGGAGCGAUCGCAGUGGCGGAUGACCAGCCACGAAAUGGCUUGAUGGCAGAUCAGUUGCGGUUUAUGCAAGAAACGGCGCAAGGCGUACUGGAACACCUCGAAUGGGCGAGAGAUAGAGUGGAUCGUUUCAAGGGAGAGCGUAUUGUGCGAGGUAUGGCUUCGUUCAUCGAAGAAUGCGGGUCGAUACGUGAAGGAACACGACGAGAGGAAUCCAGUGAAGUGAGAUCGGAAGCGGGCCAGCGCUCGACAAGUGCAGAGCGAACACCAAAAUCGAGUCCCAAUGCGAAGCAGACAUCGCGAGCAUCGCUGACGGGCAAGAACUCGGCCAGGCGAGUGCCGCUCGCCAGGCAUAGAACGAUACAUAAGGCUGACGGCAUGUCUCGAAUGUUCGCGACAGCAGCAGAAAUUCUUCGAGAGUCCACUCUAGCUGACGGCUGCGCCAUUUUCGGUGCAACUGCUGAUAAUGGCCGCACGAGUAUUAGAGCGACACCUCAUAACUUGGACGGCGUCACCGAAAAGAGCGCCGGCACUGUAUAUGGCCAACCAUCGCCAGAGUCUUCCUCGGAGAACGGUGGGCACGACACAAACACUUCUGACAGUGACAGCUCUCCCGCCGCUCGGCCAUGCAAGAUCCUGUCUUUCGCAGUGGCCGACGAGCAGGCCCGAGGAGACAUCGAAUCGGGAUCUGCAUUGACGCUGGCGACGCUGGAGAGAUACUUUGCCCUGGCUCCACAGGGCAAAACGUACUCAUUCAAUGAAGAAGGCUCGGGGGCGUCGUCUGAAGAAGAGAGCGACGUCCCGAGCGUGACAGAAGCUGGUAACGACGUGAACUGCUUGGGCGAUGUGAACAACGUUACGAGUCGCGCACGCCCUAGGAAACGACGAAUUAUGGACCACAAGGAGCUUCUGAAAAAGAUUCCGGGUGCGAAGACGGUCAUCUUCUUGCCAUUAUACGAUGACGCGGAAGAAAAGUUGAUUGCGGGCGCUUUCUUGUGGACUUCGGUGACAGGCAGAAUGCUGCAGGACUCGGAUCUCUCGUACCUACGGGCUUUUGGGAACUGCAUCGUCAGCGAAGUUGUUCGAAUGAACAUGCAGAGGAACGAAGCCGCCAAGACCACUUUUAUCGCGUCCAUGAGCCACGAGUUACGGAGUCCACUUCACGGAAUUUUGGGAGCAGCAGAGUUUCUCAUGGAUACAGCUACGGACUCGUAUCAGAGCGGGUUAGUCACUUCGAUUGUCACCUGUGGCAGAACGUUGCUCGAUACGCUCAACCACGUGCUCGACUACAGCAAGAUCAACAAGCUCGGGCGCACACAGAUGAAGAAGCGGGCGAAGCAAAACAAGCCUGUCAACCUCGCUUCGGACUCGACGCUCGAGAGCAUGAACCUGACGGCCGAUGUUGAUCUUGGUGUCUUAGUGGAAGAGGUCGCCGAGGCUGUCAACGCUGGCCAUACGUUCAAGCAUUUGCCCGAUCUCACGAAUGCGCACCGGCACGGAGCCACUGAAUACGACAGUCUGACAAACCACGGGCCCGAGACAGAGAAGGACAGGCCAGCAGCUCGUCGUGUAACCGUACUACUUGAUAUCUCACCGCGCCGCAGCUGGCUUGUCAGGAUUCAGCCUGGCGCGCUUCGACGAAUCAUCAUGAACCUGCUGGGAAACGCCCUCAAGUACACCUCUUCCGGCUUCGUGGCCAUCUCAUUGAGAGCACAAGAAAGCACGGACAAGUCCAAUACCAAAGCGCUCAUUCGUGUCGUUGAUUCAGGAAAGGGCAUGUCAGAGUCUUUCCUCAGAGACCGCUUGUUUGUGCCAUUCUCACAGGAGGAUCCCUUCCAACCGGGCACAGGACUGGGGCUCAGCAUCGUCAAACAGAUAGUCGAUUCGCUUGGUGGGCAAAUCGAAGUCCGCUCGGAGGUCGGCGUAGGGACUGAAGUGGAUGUCACGCUGAGUCUACCGCCAGCGACGGGCGCGACUCUGCCGAAAGCGCCUGGCAAAGGAACAGCCGCCGCGGACGGGAAGUCUCGGGAUGCAUAUGAUGACCCCGGCCUCUUCGAUCGCGAGAUGCUCGAGGUCGAACAGAAGACCAGAGGUCGACACCUUGUCCUUCUCAAUCCUGCACGAGCUCUUCAGCCAUUGACGAGCGCUGCAUCGCGGUUCCAACAGACACUCCGUGAGAUUGCGAUCAACUGGUUUGGCAUGCACGUGACAUACUCGACGGAGAUGAAUGUGCGCGAUGCCGAUAUCUAUGUGUUUUGUGAGCCACCGCCUGUGGAGAUGAUGCGUGCCCAAAACCGGAAGACGCUCGCGAACGCCGACCAGACAGAGGCAGGAUAUGGCGAACGCGAGGUUCCCAUCAUCAUCAUGUGUAUGAAUGAUCAGGACGCGCUCGAAAUCAGCAGGAACCACCAGAGUACUCUCCGCGAGCUUGGCAGGGUCGCUGAAGUCAUAUCGCAACCAUGUGGACCACGGAAACUUGCCAAGGCUUUCCUGCAUUGUCUUCGUAGAAUGGAAGAUUUGAAGAAUGCCACGCCAACAGAAGUGAGAGAAGCUGGUGCCAGAGCACAUGAUGAAGCUGUGCUCAACGACGACCAUGCUGGGACGACUCAUGACACUGAAGGGCAUCGUCCUCGGCAGCAAUCAGACGAUUUGCGGAAUAGUGUGAGUAUGGCAGUAUCAUACCCUGCUGCGCCGCCGUUCGAUCCGACCACUCCCUCAUUGCAAUCUCCUCCCAUCGAGCAACAAGCAGUGGUCAAGGAGCUACAUCAGUCCGGUGAUGGCGAGUCGACACCGAAAGCGAGUGAUGUCAAUUCCAAGGACUCUAUGGAACCCGCCAGACGGGCACCUCACCUGCUGCUAGUGGAUGACAAUAAAAUCAAUCGGCAGCUUCUGGUGAUGUUUAUGAAGAAAUGCAAUUUCACUUAUCGCGAAGCCGAGAACGGACAGGAAGCACUGGAUCAAUAUCAAGACAGCUUGGAACAGGCUACGACAGACACAUGGGCAGAUACGGAGAUGAGUGGAUUCGAAGAGGCAGUGGCGAAUGCGCAUCAGAAUCGAAAGGACAGUAAUUGCAGCAAUGGUACCAGCACCAGCACCAGGAGCAAACCCGCCCCAUUCGACUUUGUGCUGAUGGAUAUUUCCAUGCCGGUCAUGGACGGGAUGGAAGCCACUCGUCGCAUCCGGGAAUUUGAAAAGGAUCAGGGAUUGAAGAAGACGACAGUGAUUGCUUUGACGGGACUGGCGAGCGAGGGUGCCCGAGAAGAGGCUGAGACGGUUGGCAUUGACGUCUUCCUCCCCAAGCCGGUGAAAUUCAAGGAAUUACGAUCCUUGCUGGAGAUGCGAUCGAGAGGCGAAAUCAAGGCUACAGUUGCUCGAAACUAGCCAAUGGAGAGUCUAGACUUGGGAUAUGGGACGAAGCCCUUGAUGACUGCUGCUGCUGCUGCUGAUGACUUGUGUGUGUGUGCGUGUGUGUGUGAGAGGCUGUAAGAGCAAAGCCAAGAGUCAAGAACCUCGGCCUCCCCGUUCAAACACGAGAGAACAGGAAGCAAAGACGACGGGACCAGCCGGGAAGCGAAGCAGCAAAGGAAAGCGUCAUUUCCCACCAAACCACGUCAAAUCUUUCCAAAAUUAAACCAUACACACAUAUAGAUUUUUCCCAGGAUCUUGGGCCGAGCUUACUUUUUUCGCUAGACUGGAAACUUCACAAACCCCAGUUCAAACACGAGCCUCACGAGGCCAACUCCACCGGCGGAACUCCACAAGUCCAUAAGCCAGUAGAAGCCAGUGGAAGCACAGAAAGCAGCUCCAUGUCCCUCAGGACUUGGCUCCGACACUAAUACCAGCCCCAACCAGCCUACCAGAGUCAUUACUAGUGUGACCACCACCAGUGACCAGUGACCGACUUCCACCACCGCCUUCAGAUCCC